ACUACGCCUCGACACCACUUCCUUUUACGCUGCGGCCUGUUCGCUGUUGUCUGGCCUCCCAACAGCAGCUGGGUUUGGUUUAUAUUGUGAAUUGUUAUUGUGUGUAUCGCACUCUAAGCGACAGUCGGAAGUAAGGUGUGCGUUUCCUCAACCGGUCCCAUCAGCAGAACAGGUUUCGUCACUUUGCGAGUCCUGCCCUGGUGGCAGUUUACGCUUUCCAUAUUAAUUUGCCUAUGGGCUGACGCAGGGGAUACACUACUGGAAAUACCAGUACAAGGAGUGGUGGUAGACCUGCUGUUUUUCUAUUAUAAUGUGGUUUUAUAAUCCUGAUAACGUUUCUCCAGCAGUAUUGUUCUUUUUCUGUCCACUUUACUGAAAAACAGGUAGCCUAUGUCCUCAUGUUGUUGAAACCAAGUGAACGCAUUUUCCUUAAAUGGCUACAAAGUUAGAGAAAAGCAUUUUCACACUGUACAACAGUGUGCCAUAUUUUAUGCAUUUGGUUUCUCCAACAGUUCAUAGAAGCGAUCUGUUAGUUGAAAUAAUAAAUCCAGCAUCACAACAAAGGGGAAAUAUCUUGUGCUUGUGUAUUAUAAUGUUCAGGCUUUCCUUGUAAUUAACUCUGGCUCUUUUGGGGAAGUUUUGGUAGGUUUUAACAGGGCUUUGUUGCAUAUUACAACAUGAGUUUAGAAAUGAUCUCUGCGCUGGUGUGUCUGUGAGAUAUUUAAGUCAAGCCAAUUUUAUUUAUAUGGCCCAAAAUCACAAAUUUCACUCAGAGGUGCGAUACAAAACACUCACACUUAAUCUAGAGAAGGACAAACAUCAACAAUGAGAGGAAGACUUAAAGGAAACAGUGUGUCAGUGUGGUUCCGAUAGAGAUGCGCUUCCUGCUGCUCUUCAGUCGCCAGGGGAAGCUGCGUCUGCAGAAGUGGUUCACGCCCAUGACAGAACGUGAGAAGAAGAAGAUCAUCAGGGACAUGACCACCAUGGUGUUGGCACGGCAACCACGCUCCUGUAACUUCCUGCACUGGAAAGACCUGAAGAUUAUUUACAAGAGGUAUGCAAGCUUGUUUUUCUGCUUGGCCAUAGAGAACCAGGAGAAUGAGCUGUUAGCUUUGGAGGUUAUUCAUCGCUACGUGGAGCUUCUGGACAAAUACUUUGGCAAUGUGUGUGAGCUGGACAUAAUCUUUAACUUUGAGAAGGCCUAUUUUAUCCUGGAUGAGUUUCUAAUUGGAGGGGAAAUACAAGAAACCUCCAAACAGAUGGUGAAUCGCUCCAUUGAAGCUUCAGACAUGUUACAGGAGGAUGACAACAGUGAUUGGUAUGAGGUGGAGCUGUUUGGAUGACCUUGAAUAUGGACAGAAAGACCAUGGAGGAGUAUAUGAGCAAACCUGCAUUUUAACCCGUGGGGGGGAAAGGACUUUGAGUAACAGCGGGGAGGAAUA